GUCACUUUUCUGUUCAUGUCACCAUGAGUGACGGAGAGUAUGAAGUCGAGUUUGUGACAAAGGCGCGGGUGGAAGCGAAACAAGGAAGGAGGCUCAUAUGGAAAUAUCAUGUCAAAUGGAAGGGGUAUAGCUGGGAUGAUAGCACUUGGGAACCCGAAAGCUCUUUCACUUACGGCUCAAAGCAUUUCCUCAGGACCUUCUGGGCGAAUGCUUUGACCCGCGGCAGAGAGCAUACAAACCCACAGCUUUUUGAGCAAGGAGAGGAAGUUCAGGUUUCAAGCAUUCCUGGGGCAAAUCCGCGUCUUGAAAAUAAACCUAGUAGGGACAACCUACAAGGACCUUCUGAGACAGCCGAAGGUGAUGCCUCCGAUGAUGAACCCUUGACCACGAAGAAGCGGCGCAGACGUCAAAAACCCACCGGAGAACCAAAGGCGAAGCGGAAGCGCGAGUCAGAACCUGGCACCGCUCGUAAUUCGUUGACUCAAAAAGUGAGGGCAUUUGGGCCCAAAAGCAAGGCCAAGUCAUCGGCGCCGGCAAGACAAAGGCGUGCUUCGUCACCAGGUCCCCGUGGCGCGCGUCAGCUUUCCCUGACUAAGCUGACCGAUACGGAUGCCGAAGGGGAGCUCGACAUGGAACUCUUUGGAGAAGUGGAAGAAGUGGAAGGAGAGCUAUUGCAGACAACCCCCGAUGACCCUGAUGCUCAGGAUAUCCCCGACUCCCAUGCUGAUCCUCCCAAGGUCAAUGGGACGAUCGUGGAGUUCGAGGACCUUCGCAGCUACUCUCCUGAUAUCCAGGAUACCAUCGAAGUCACUCAAGUACUGAGUGAAGAUGUAGUCCUUUUGGCGAAUGACGGACGUAGCACACCUGACCCCCUUUUCGAUUCUGCCUCGCAAUCAAGGAACGGCACUCACGCUGAGCCAGCGGUACCUCUUCACCGUACUCGGGCGGCUAAUCCUUUGGUCAAGUUUAUCGAUGCUGCUCCACUAAUGGACAAGAAAUCAGUCCCCGUAAAAACACGCGUGAUCUCUGGCCAGCCUUCGAGCUCAUCUCAGCAUAGUGGUAGUCACGCAUCCCACAAGACACGACCAAAACCUGCUCCUGGUGGACGUUCCAGAGGCAAGAACCGGAGCUCUCUGUUGACAGCUGUGAAGGGCAAUCUAACUAGCGUGAAGGGUCGCUUCGGGCGGGCAAAGGAUGUAGGGGAAGAGUCACAAGCAGUUGAAGAUGCACCAGCACCAUCUCAUGUUCCAGAGCACGAAUUUGCCAUCACAUCCUACAGCGACGAAGAUGCAGCGGGCGAGACAGAUCACGAGCAUAAAACAACUGCAGGCUUAGUUGACCAAAUGGAGCCUGUGUCUACUCACGCUCCUGAACCUUUGCCAGUUCCCUCCGGACAGGAAUUGUUGGAGAUAGCAGGUUUGGAGCCGGAUGCAAACGCGCUGCCUGAUUUCGAAGAUGAAGCGAAUGUCGAACAGCCGCCUCAACCCACAAAUGUAAUUUCAGUGGAAGCUCUCGCUGACAAUAUUCCGACUGAGGAUGCAGCCUCCCCUACUACCUUGACUGUGGAAGACGAAGCGGCACGAAAGAGUCUCGCAGAAGCCAAGGAGCAGUUGUUCCCAUCUGUCCAGGCCUCGGCUUCGAUGACGUCCAUUUCAAGUUCGUCAUGGAAAACGACAAAAGACAACACUAUAUUUGGACCAAUGUAUAAAUUACAGGAACCGGCUCAAGGACCUAAUGGCGUCAACGAAUCUGUUCCUACAUUCAAGCUCAUUCUGAAUGCGAAUGCGCCCGUUCCACUAGUAUUGAAAGACCCCAGCAAUAUGAAAGGCGUUUCACUGACCGAUAUAUACGCUGACAAGUCGUUGGAUGGUCGAGCGGGCACGUUCUAUCUAUUAGAAGAUGCAGUCAGAAUCGUCAGCACUUUCUCAGGCCUCGGCAGUGCGAGGGUUGUACCCGAUUCCUCAGCAGACGAUGGCCACAAGACGCAAUUCGACGUAUUUGAACAAUGUUUGCAUUCAGGCCAGGUGGUAGGCAAUUACAUUUGCGUCUGAUUAUUUUUCCCCACUUAUUUUAUCUUUAAUUCAGUUCGUUACCAAGGCCGGGAAAGAAUUGCUCGUCUUUUUUAGCUCGCAGAAUAUGGAGAUCUCAGCCAAGCUUAGUCCGCCACAAGUACUGAUAGGUCUUGCAAACACAGUGCUCCUCAUGCGUGUCAACAUCACUGACAGUACUGGAUAUGCGAAUGCUGUCAUGCAAAUCACUGCGAUGUAACUUCUACUGAUCACAAUCUCUACUAUACACUCUUGAAUGACCUUUGAAAAUACUUUACGUUGCUACUCGCCCAGUGCUAUGACUAUUUUUGCAUAUGCAUCGCAAAUUAAGACCCAAAAAGUUCCAGCAGCUCUGAAGCUUGAAGAUCUCUGAGAGGCUCAGUUGGCUUGAUGUAAUACAUUCA